GAAAGAGUGGCUGGCUGGCGGUGGGCCCUUGGCGGAACAGCGCGGCGCCCCCGUCAAGGGCGGUUGUGUGGCAUGGCUCAGCCCAGGAGUACUAGUAGUAGUAGUAGUGGAAAGUAAAAAAGUGCCCGAAGCACACCCAGGCUAGGCUAGGGUCCCAUAUCUCCAGUACGUCCCUCUCCCGCUUCUCGACCUGCUUCCACCUCCUCCCCUCCCCCCUCCUCCACUGAAACGUUGCGUUGCGAUGAGGUGCUCGCUCCUCCUCAUUGCCGUGGCCCUCUGCCUGCUCGCCUCGCUGGUCCAGGCCGAAGGCUGCUUCUACGACGACCAAGUCUGCUGCAAGUGCGCCCCCAAGAGCGGCAGCACCAAGUCCGUCUACUCGUGCGCCGACAACAGCACCUGCCCGCUUGGCUGCACCGAGGCUGACGACGACAAGUGUCAUGGCUCGCCGCAGAGCGAUUCGCUGAGCCGCAAGACGGACACGACAGCGUCGCACAAGAAGCACACGAAGCACAAGCACGGCGAGGAGAAGCCAGAUGCGCACAAGCACAAGGGCCAGUCGCAGCAGAAAAAGCCCGGCCAGGGCGAGCCGCCCGUGACGUCGCACCUCAACGGCGGCAAGGCCAAGAAACCUCUCGACGGCAAGGCCAAGGGACCCCUCGAUGGUCUCUUUCCUUGAAUUUGACCCAUCCUCACGCUUGCGUGCGCAAGAAUAGUAGCCAUCAGCUCACAAUCAAGGACAUUCAUCCACUUAAUACCAUGCAUUCUCCCUC